UUAAAGUAGGAAAACAGGAAAAAAAAUAUUCUGAACCAAUGGACUGCAGACAUAGUACAGGAGAUGACCAGAGACUGCAGACAUAGUACAGGAGAUGACCAGAGACUGCAGACAUAGUACAGGAGAUGACCAGAGAGACUGCGGACAUAGUACAGGAGAUGAUCAGAGACUGCGGACAUAGUACAGGAGAUGAUCAGAGACUGCGGACACAGUACAGGAGAUGGCCAGAGACUGCAGACACAGUACAGGAGAUGACCAGAGACUGCGGACAUACUACAGGAGAUGACCAGAGACUGCGGACAUACUACAGGAGAUGACUAGAGACUGCGGAUAUAGUACAGGCGAUGACCAGAGACUGCGGACACAGUACAGGCAAUGACCAGAGACUGCGGACACAGUACAGGCGAUGACCAGAGACUGCGGACA